UUGCAGCUGUAAAUGCUGAGAAAGUGACCAUAGUGACUGCAUUCAUGGCCCAAAUGAAGCUGAGAGCCAAGCUGACGAUGGAGAAGGUGCAUCUGGCGUUGGAGACGGUGGGGCUGACGGCAGAGAAGAACAAGCUGGAGAAUGACUGCAGAGAAGGUGCCUCUGAGCUGAGGACCACUGAUCAAAAAUGCAGCCGUCUGGAGCAGAGAAAGGUGCAGCUGACAGACCAAUGCAAAGGGCUGUUGAAGAGAGCAAAGGCGAUCUGUAAGAUGCAGCCUGAUCAGUCAUUACCCGAAGACCUGCGUAAUGCUUUCAGCAAGCUCCCCGACACGCUGGAUGAGGUCGAUGCCAUGCUGAAUGAGGAGCGCUCCAGAGCCGAGUGCUUCACUGGCCUCAGUGAAAAUGUUGUCGAUGAGUACAACAGGAGAGAGCAGGAGAUUAAACAAAUGGAGAAAGAGCUGGAAGAAAAGAGCAACGCCCUGAAUGCCUACCGACAGAACAUAUCUGAGGCUAAGGAACGCUGGCUUAAUCCUCUGAAACAUCUGGUUGAACAGAUAAACGAGAAGUUCAGUGCUUUCUUUCGCUCCAUGCAGUGUGCAGGAGAAGUUGAUCUGCAUUCAGAGAAUGAGGUAAUCGCAGAGUCACAGCACACUGCUGAGGUAGAGGUCUCCCUUUGCAUCACCUUUAACCACUUAUGAUUGAGCACAAGUUCAUUGAAAACUGAAUUUUGAAUAGAUAUGGUAGGCCGUUUAACUGAGGGAAAUAUUAAACUGUAUCCAUAUU